CUAUCUCUCUCUCUCUCUCACCCUCUGCCUCCUGCCUCAUACAGCAAUGCCCAUCGAUUCUUCGGUUGUAGCAGACAUGGACACACCUUCAGUUUCUUCUCUCACUGUUUCCUCUACUUUGAAGCGUAAAAGGCCCCCCAGCAUCCAGAUCCCUAAGGUCCUGCAAGAAAUUCAAAUAUCCAGGCCGUCUACUCCUCGAAACGACGCCGUUUCUUUCUGCGGUACUGGGGUUGGUGUUUCCUCCAUCAGAGGCAAGAAAAAGUUCAUGGAAGAUGCCCACAAGAUCGUUUCUUGCUCAUUCGGUAGCUCCAAUAAGGGUUUCUUCGGGGUCUAUGACGGGCACGGAGGUAAAAUGGCAGCUGACUUUGUCGUUGAGAACCUGCAUACCAACAUUUUCGAAAAGUUGGAGAAUUGUGCAGAAGAUACGACCAAGGAGGAGGCUGUUAAAGCAGGGUAUCUGAAGACAGAUGAGGAGUUCUUGAAACAGGGUUUAAGCAGUGGUGCCUGCUGUGUCACAGCCUUGAUUGAAGGAAAGGAAAUUGUUAUUUCAAACUUGGGGGAUUGCAGUGCAGUUCUUUGUAGAGGGGGAGUGGCUGAAGCCCUUACAAAAGAUCACAGAGCAGAACAGGAGGAUGAACGGAAAAGAAUAGAGGAAAAGGGAGGAUAUGUAGAGAUCCACCGAGGAGCUUGGAGAAUCCAUGGGGUACUUUCCGUUUCUAGAAGUAUUGGAGAUGCUCAUCUGAAGGCUUGGGUGUCUGCUGAACCCGACACAAAAAUCCUACAUUUGACUCCAGACAUGCAAUUUCUCGUCUUAGCUUCUGAUGGACUGUGGGAAAAGGUUGGCAACCAAGAAGCUGUUGAUACGGUGAUGCGAUCAGGGUCAAUUGAAAGAAAACUAGGACCCAGUGGCGGUGGACACUUUCAAAAGGAAAACGAUGGAGGAUAUUUUAGCGUGAACACUAGUCCGGCAUCAAAGUUACGCAGGAUUUCACUACUCAAGCAACCAAAGACAAUGAGUCAGUCUCCAAGCUACAGGAUCACUGUUGAUAGCCGUAAAGAAAUUGAAGAAGACUUUGCCUGUGAAAAUGAAAGCCCACCGUCCAAGGCACGCAGGAUUUCCCUGGUCAAGCGGCUAAACAUGAAGACCCAGUCUCCAAGACAAGAGAAGAGCUACAAGAAGUCGUUUGCUUCUAGUAGACUUGUGGCUGCUUGUAAGGAGCUCAUGAACCUUGCCCUAACAAGGGGUGGUUUGGACGACAUCACAGUGAUGAUAAUUGACCUCACAUCAAUAGGAAUUCCAGCGUGCUUUUCAUCCGGUGAGAGGGCGGUUGAUGAUCAAGCCGCGGUUACCAGGUCAAGCCAGAGUGUGUUUAUGUCAGUGUAUCGGACAAAGAUUGCCGGUCAGUGCCGUCUGAUCACCAUUACUUGGUGCAAAGAUUUGUUGCUGCAUGGGCUAUCAGUCUCUGUUCAAGGGCCGGAUGGAGACAGCCAUUACCAGAGCAAGGUUGAGCUGAAGCCAUGGUACUUCUGGAGAAAACAAGGCUCAAAACACUUCACAGUUGAUGGCAAGACAGUUGAUGUGGUUUGGGACCUCAAGGCAGCAAAAUUCAAUGGCGAGACCGAGCCACGAUCAGAUUACUAUGUUGCAAUCGUCUGCGAAGAAGAGGUUGUCUUGCUUCUUGGUGAUCUGAAGAAGGAUGCCUACAGAAAGACGGGCUGCAGGCCGGCUCUCAUCGAGCCCACCUUGGUUUCAAGGAAAGAACACUUGUUUGGCAAGAAGAAGUUCUCAACAAAAGUGAAAUUUCAUGAGAAGGGGAAUUUUCAUGAGAUAUCCAUAGAGUGCAACAACAGCCUGAACAAGAACAGCUCUUCUGGGGAGUUUGAUCAUGAAAUGGAGAUAAGAAUAGAUGGGCGUUUGGCCAAUCAUGUGAAGCACCUCCAAUGGAAGUUCAGAGGUAAUGAAUCCGUCUAUGUGAACAAAACCAGAGUGGAAGUGUAUUGGGAUGUCCAUGACUGGCUCUUUAGUUCUGGUCCACGGCAAGGUCUGUUCAUAUUUAAGCCAAUCUCAUCAUCAACACUGUUGUCGACUCAGAUUGCAGAUUCUACAGCAGGGGAGGAGUGUAGUGAAGGAAGGUCAUCCAAGUUCUGCUCGUUUCUCUAUGCCUGGAAGGUAGAAUGA